CCGCCGUCUGUCAGCGAGCGGGUCAGGCCUCGUCGUCUUCGAACGCAGUGUCUGGUUGUGCGAGACUGGCGGGCGUCACUCAUCGGCAGCGUGAUCGCCGUAGCAGCGGCGGUGACUGCUUGCGCAGAAUCGCUACGCCGACGUGGUGACCUACUACCGCGGCUCGCCAACCGGCCGGACUUCCUGGAGGGGCUCGAACAGAGUCGCGGACCGUCUUGUCUCCCUUCCUUCGACCUUCCAAUGCUUCACGGCCAUGGAUGAGAGAGGGGGGCGCCCUCUGCCUCUUCCGUAGACAGGUGAGGAUGCGCCUGUCCUCCAAGAAGACCCUUAGUGGCGUGCACCGCAGCAGCCCCGGAAUUCGUCACAGUCGCGUCGCCGUCGACGUUGAACGAACCGCCCAGCGACAUCGACUACGAGGCGCACGGUAGCAGCGCGCCUUCACAAUGUCCGAGUCGUCCGAAACCAAGCAGCUGCUAAGCCACAAACACAAGGCCGUCGUACAGUUCUCCUCGGGCGCCAUCGCGGGUUUCAUCGAGGUAUGCGUGAACCACCCUUUGGACGUGGUCAAGACGCGCCUGCAGAUGCAGUCGGCAGGCGACCCGAACCGGUACAAGUCGAUCGCCGACUGCUUCCGGCGUAUGACCAAGGCCGAGGGCGUGCUCUCCAUCUAUAAGGGCAUCGUGCCCGUGCUCGUGGUCGAGACCCCAAAGAUGGCGUUGCGGUUCCUCGUGUACGAGCAGACGAAGCGCGUACUCUCGCCCCACUUGUCGCUGGUGCCCAACAACCUCAUCUCAGGUUUCCUGGCGGGCGCCAUAGAGGGAAUCGCCGUUAACCCAUUCGAGGUUGUUAAGGUCCGGUUGCAGACUGACCGAACUCUAGUGGCGGCGCAGCCUAGCGCCUACUCGCUGGCGCGACAAAUCUACCGCAAGAACGGCUUAGGUAGGGAGGGGCUCAGCCUGGGCCUCACUUCCAAUAUUUUCCGGCACGGUGUCUUCGUCAUGUUCUACUUCACGAUCUACGCCAAACUCAAGGAAGCCGCACCAGAGUUUAAGAACCGGCAUCAGCAAAACCUCUACAAGGUUGGCACUGGCCUGUUCAGCGGUUGCGUCAGCACGGUGUUCAACAUUCCCUGGGACGUGGUCAAGAGCCGCAUCCAAGGGCUGCAGCCCGUACCCGGUGAAGUGAAGUACAAGACGUGCUGGCAGAGCUUCAAGCUCGUCUACCGCGAGGAAGGCUUCCUGGCACUGUACAAGGGCCUCGCGCCGAAGAUGUUGCGUCUCGGAACGGGACAUGCGCUCAUCAUAGUCCUCUAUGAGCACAUCGUUGAAGUACUCGAGGCCAUGCGUUGGCCGCACGACCUCCGCGAGCAGACGACGGAACUCGUAGCUCUCACAGUCUGGCCACGUGACAUCCGGAAAAAGCUGCGGAGCACGCCUUCCCCAGCACCGUUCGUUUUUCCGGGGCGCCGCGAGUGGCGAGCGUUCCGGCGCGGCUUCUACAUUGUGCUGAAAGGUGGACACAGCAGCGUUACCACCACAAGCAGCAGCACCAUGUCGGAGCGCUCGGGCGUCCGGAAGCUGGCGCGAGAAGCCGCCAUCCAGAUCGCGUCGGGCGGCUCGGCGGGCUUCGUCGAGAUCUGCCUGAUGCACCCGCUGGACGUGGUCAAGACCCGCUUCCAGGUGCAGCACAACCAGCUGCUCGCCGCUGCCGGAGAGCAUCGCUACACCUCGAUCGCCGACUGCUUCCGGCGCAUGGUCCGCUCUGAGGGAUACCUGGCCAUCUACAAGGGAAUCUUGCCACCGAUCCUGGCCGAAACGCCCAAGCGAGCCGUCAAGUUCUUCACCUUCGAACAAUACAAGAAGAUGUUCGCGUUCGGCGGCCCUCAGACGGCCAUCACCCUCUCUUUAGCCGGACUAUUCGCAGGUCUCACCGAAGCUGUGUUCGUGAACCCGUUCGAAGUGGUCAAGGUGCGGCUGCAGACCGACAAGCAGGUCGUCACGAUGCAGCCAAGCACGUUCGCCGUAGCCAGACAGAUAUACCGUGAGGCAGGGUUUGGCCUUCGGGGCCUGAACCUCGGGCUCACCUCGACCAUGAGUCGAAACGGACUGUUCAACAUGUUCUACUUUGGCUUUUACUUCACAGUCAAGGACAAGCUGCCAAAGUUGGACAGCGAGGCGGCUACCUUCGCCAUGCGACUGGCAACAGGGUUCGUGGCUGGCACUGGCGCUUCCAUGAUGAACAUACCGUUCGAUGUGGCCAAGAGCCGCAUCCAGGGCCCGCAGCCCGGGCCGCCUGGCACGAUCAAGUACAGGACUUGCCUGCAGAGCGUGCGCACCGUGUACGUGGAGGAAGGUUUCUUUGCACUCUACAAAGGCCUCGUGCCCAAGGUCCUCCGGCUUGGUCCCGGUGGCGCCGUCAUGUUGGUCGUGUACGAGCACAUGCACGAAUUCCUCAAGAAAAAGUUUCCUGGUUGAUAAUGUCAGAAGCACAUUCUAGAACCACAAGAAAUAAUUCAAAGAAGGAUGAAGGUGUGUUUGUUUGCCUCUGAACACUGGUUUCUAUUUGAGAACAUUGUCCGGUAAUCACAGCACCCUGCAUCGCACCAUCUGUCCAAAAUGUUUUUGUUUCUCCAAAGAAAGCGGACGCAAUACCACUGCGCUUUUGUGAGCGUCUCACAAAACCAGCGUGCUUUCGUGAGUGGCUCACAGAAGUUCCUGGCACAUGUCAAGCGGUGUUCAGCGUCUACAAGGCUUUGCGUUUGGGCCAACAAAGCCUCAAUACAUAGAAAGAUAGUUGUGCGUCCAGCGUACUUCCUCACGCCUGAAGCGAUACCGGCUUCUCCGCCAGUGGCUUUUGCGUAAAACAUUCACACUAAUGAAAAACAUUACAAGUUCCGGCAAAUGUAAAAAAAAAAAAUAUAAAAACAUUAUUUAAGACGUCUCACUUCGUGCCGCUGUACAACGCUCAACAAUUUAAAUGUUGUAAUGGGAGCACACUGCUUUCUAUGAUUCGGUGCGGCUUACGUUUGCGUGCCUUGCAGCGACUUAUUCUUCGCACUGUUUUCAAAAGCCCGAACACCCCUUCGCACCACGGACGUUCGUCGAGCGCCUAAAUUGCCGCGUUUUGUUGGUUGAAAACUUUACACAUAAGAAACGUCAAUUCAGAUGAGUGAUAACAUUAUGCAUGGAAAGGUUAAGGUAUAUAAAGCUGCUUUACGUUGAUGCAGUUUUCUGUCAUUUCUCGUGAUGGAAUAACUUGCUAUCGUACUCGCCUCUUCAACAAAGUGCCGCUGUUAAAGUUGUGAUUGCUGUGACAAUUAUCGACUGAGGCUGCGAGUGAUGCGCUUCUGCAUACUCGAAAAGUCGACGAACUUAAACACACAUCUGAAUGCACAGGUUGCUACAAUAGCGUAAUUUUGGUGACUGAGCAAAUUAUUUGGCAUCCAGUAUUGCUCUGAUGAGUGUUGCGGGAACCAUCUGUAUAUAGUAUUGCCUGUCGCGUCUUAGCACUUUACUUCAUCCGAAAGUUUGAGAAGUUCGUGUGCUGUAGCCUUACUUUAAAUUGCCGUCGCGCACAUUUUCUGGUAUAGUCGCGACGACUCAUCGCUGGGAGGCUCUUAAAAAGUUACAAUUCCGAGUGAACUCACCCGCUCGGGCAAGUUCUCAUCCGCACCAGCCGCGACCUGCGCUGUUUACAGCACAACGCGUCCUUUCUUGCUCUUGUUGUACCCUUGAAGUAUACACGUGAAUUGGCGCUUUCCUUGUCGUAAUCCUUUUUCUCUUUUGUUUUCUGAGCGACUUCGUCCGGGAAUGUUUUGUGUUGCCUUGUGAUCCUCGGCCAGUGCUUGAAGAGCAUGACUUGCGCUUCGAUGCACGUGGGGCGCGCUGUUGGCUCUUAUGCCGCGCUCUUCCAGUGUUAGCAAGCCACAUUUGCUUUGCGACCAGGACCCGACCAAAAACAACAGAACGUUGUAAAGCUGGCGGCUUACCCACGGCAUACGUGGUACUGCUUCCCUCUUGUGUAUUAUACCCGGUAAAGUUCAUUUCUGGCGUG